UUAAUUCGUCAAGCUUAUGGGUAUCCGGGUAUGACAGAGGAGGCAAUUGCGGAGGCUUGCCCUUGUUGUCGUGGAAAUUGCAAUUGCAAAGCAUGCUUGCGUUUAAAACGAUGUGUUAAUAACCUGAAUAAUUCAGAGUGGAGGAAUAUCAGUCAUGAUGACAGGAUUUGCCACGCCAAGCAUUUACUACAUGUGCUUCUUCCAUUUCUGAAACAAUUCAAUCAAGAGCAAUUGAUGGAGAAGGAAAUAGAGGCCAAGGUUCAAGGGUUAUCAUUGGCAGCAAUAAAGUUACAGAAGGCAAAAACUUUUCACAAGCGUGUGUGUUGCACCUACUGUAAAACUUCUAUUGUGGACUUCCACCGAAGCUGUCCAAACUGUUCUUUUCGCCUUUGCCUCACUUGUUCUCGGGAGAUCCGUGAUGGUCACUUCCUGGGAGGUGGGAAGGAAGUAAUCUUUCAAUAUAUUGACAAUGGACGAUCUUGUCUGCAUGGUGGCAAUGCCUAUCCUGUUUUCUCUGGAAAGGGUGUGGUUCAGCACGGUGAAGAAAAUAAUCAGCAGCAGGAAAGAAGGAGAAACAGCGGGGGUGAAGUAGCAGAGAGGGCGGAGAUUUGGAUAUAUCUGUUGGCACAAGGUCCAAAGAUCAUGAGAAGUCAACUUCUGAGUGGAAAGCGAAUAAAAAUGGUGUCAUUUGUUGUCCUGCGAGGAAAAUGGGUGGCUGUGGUCAUCACCGACUAGUUAAAGUGCAUGCUUCCUGAAGAUUGGGUUUCAUGCUUGGUGAAGAAAGCAGAGGAUAUAUCUAAAAUGCUCAAACUUCAUGUUAUGCCUAGAACUUCCCUGCAAUGGUGCUCCUGUUUCAGUUCACUGGGUGACAUAGACUUAGGCAGUGCUAAGUCACAUAAAGCAUUGGGCAGUGGUAAGUCACGUAAAGCAGCUUGUCGAGAAAAUUCCAAUGACAACUAUCUGUACUGUCCUACGACUAGAGAUAUUCAACAUGGGGACUUGAAGCAUUUCCAGCAGCACUGGAUCAAGGGUGAGCCAGUGAUUGUGAGUAAUGUGCUCGAACAUACAUCUGGUUUGAGUUGGGAACCGAUGGUUAUGUGGCGUGCAUUCAGACAGAUGAAACAUUUGAAGCAUUCUCAGCAUUUGGAUGUUGUGGCCAUUGAUUGUUUGGAUUGGAGUGAGGUAGAGAUUAAUAUUCAUCAGUUCUUUACGGGAUAUUUGGAGGGCCGAUCUGACAGUUUUUCGUGGCCUCAGAUUCUGAAAUUGAAAGAUUGGCCCCCAUCUAAUGCUUUUGAGGAACGCUUACCUCGUCAUGGUGUUGAGUAUAUCAAUUGCUUGCCCUUCAAGGAAUAUACACAUCCACGCGAUGGCUUUCUCAAUCUUGCAGUCAAAUUGCCGGAAGGGACUUUGAAGCCAGACUUGGGGCCGAAAACAUAUAUUGCUUAUGGGGUUGCUCAGGAGCUGGGGCGUGGGGACUCUGUUACCAAGCUUCACUGUGAUAUGUCUGAUGCGGUGAAUGUAUUGACGCACACAAAAGCAGUGACUCUUAAACCAGAACAGCUUUCCAAAAUAAAGAAGUUGAAACAAGAGCACUUUUCCCAAGAUCAGAGGGAAUUUUUUAAAAAUGGUACUAAAGUGUGCCAAAAGGUCGAGAAGCAGCAGCUUUCAUCAUUGGUGGAGAACUCCAGAUCAGGUGACACUGGUGUUCAGUCAAGUACAAAUGCUGCUGAAGCAUCUAGCUGCUGUGUAGAUGGUAGUGGAUCUUGUGAAAUACAUUCUGAUGGUGGACAAUAUAGUGAUGGUAUUGACAAGGCAGGUUGUGUAAAUGCUAAAGAAGUUGCUGACCAAACCGGUGAAGAUGAUCUAAAUGGUGUUGUGGCCAAGAAGGUAGCUGAAGAAUGUGAUUCUGCUUUGCCAUCAAAAGAAAAAAGCAACAAUGAUGAGGCUGAAGUAAAUGGAACGGCAGGAAAAGGUCCUCAAAGAAGAGGAAGGAAGAGAGGGAAACAUGUAGUUUUGGAAAGGAAGUCCAAAAAACUGAGAAAGAAGAUAGCUAGUGCAGAACCGGAGAAUGAGGAAAAAAACAGCAAUGACGAAGAAAGACAAAGGUAUUUCAAUGGUGAAGGUGAAGAUGGUUUCUCUAAUAUCCAAGGAUCUCCUGACAAGGAUGGAGACAAAAGUGGGAAGAAUGCUGAAACUGUGUCGGAAGGGUUGGAACAUGCAGAUGGAGGUGGUGCUGUCUGGGACAUUUUUAGGAGACAAGAUGUUCCAAAGCUGAAGGAAUAUCUUCAAAAGCACUUCAGGGAAUUCAGGCAUAUCCACUGUUCUCCAUUGCAGCAGGUUGUUCACCCUAUUCAUGAUCAGACUUUUUAUUUGACUCUCGAGCAUAAAAGAAAGCUAAAGGAGGAAUAUGGAAUUGAACCAUGGACUUUUGUGCAAAAACUUGGAGAUGCAGUUUUUAUUCCUGCCGGUUUUGAAGAUUUUCGUCCUACAAUUUCAUGUAUUAAGGUUGCACUUGACUUUGUCUCACCUGAAAAUGUUGGUGAGUGCAUUCGUUUAACAGAAGAGUUCCGCUUGCUCCCUGAAAAUCAUAAGGCCAAGGAAGACAAGUUGGAGGUAAAGAAAAUGGCUCUUCAUGCUAUAAACGAGGCUGUAAAUGUAUUGGAGAAGCAUACUGAGGGACACACUACCGGCUGCAUUGCUGAUUCUUGUUCAUGAGCAGUACCAUUUUAAUUAAUUUUUGAAGGAAUGUGGAUGAAUUUUUUGAAGGUACGUAUGUGCAUAGGGGAUAUUGGUUUUGUUGUUUGGCACUUGUCAUCGGGUGAAGCUUGCAUGUAUAGCGACAGCUCACUGAAAAUAGUAUAGUAGGUAGUUAAAAGUUGCAGCUGAAGAUAUCUGCAAGCAUUGCUGAUGCUAUUCUCCUUGGGAGAUUAAAGAAAAAACUUGGCACCAGCUGUUUUGUUUUGUUUUGCUCACUCACAAUUUCCCCAAAAACUAUGGGCUUGGAAUUAUGGUUACCACAUUCUUUUGACUGCUGAUUACUGAUCAUAUAUAUGUAUACAUACUAGAACUAUUUUGGAAUGUGAAAAUUUACGCAUUCAAUCUUCUGUCUACACCAACUGAGAUAUUCACUUUAUAUAAUGUAGUUUGUUUAAUAUUUGUA